GGUGAGGAGGAGGUGGUCAGGCAGGCAAGAUGACGGCGCCUGGUGGUGGGGCCGGCAGCGGCAGCGGAGCGCGGCGAGCCUAGGGGCCAGCGGUCGCCGUCUGGGGGCCGUAAGGUUCUAAAUGGCUUCUAAGAAGUUGGGGUCUGACUCUCAUGGGCCUUUCAGUUAUCUCGAUGACGUCCCAUUUAAGAUAGGAGACAGAUUUAAAACCCCUUCGAAGGUUGGAUUACCCAUUGGUUUCUGCCUGCCUGAUUCUUCUCAGCUUGUCAGAGAAGCCCAGUAUGACUUCUCCCUGGAAAAGAAAACAAUCGAGUGGGCUGAAGAUAUCAAAAAAAUUCAAGCUGCCCAGAAAGAAGCUGAACGCAAGGCAGAAGAAGCAAUAGCAAACUCAAAAGCAGCCCCAGAGGACAGCAACAGAAUGGGGUUCUCAGAGGGACCUUGCCCUGAGGCCAUACCUCCUCCUAUUAACCCCAUCCUUGCUGGUCUGCAGCACAAUAACAUUCUUACUCCCACGCCAGCUGACAGCAGUGCUGUGAAGCAAAAAGUUCUUAGUCCACCUCGCCCCAAAGCAGACUUCAACCCAGCUGAUUUUGAAAGUGAAGAAGACCCAUUUGACAAACUGGAAUUAAAAACUAUCGAUGAUAAGGAGGAGUUAAAAAACAUUCUGGAAAUCCAUGUCGGUACUACUGGGCCGGUUGUUGCCCAGCUGUUAGAUAGCAGUUUGCCCAAAGGAGGGUCUGAGUCUGUGUUGCAAGAUCAGGAGGUUCUGGCAUCCAUAGAAAGGGCCACGUUGGACUUCAAGCCCCUUCACAAACCCAAUGGCUUUAUCACUUUGCCGCAGUUGGGAAACUGUGAAAAGAUGUCCUUAUCUUCCAAAGUGUCCCUGUCCCCCAUCACUUCAGUGAGCAAUAUCAAAUCCCUAUCCUUUCCUAAACUCGACUCUGAUGAGAGUGAUCAAAAAUCACCAAAGCUCAUGAGCACUUUUCACAGCACUACCUGUCUCCACAACGGCACUUUUCUCAGCUCUUUGCAGGCCUGUGCUCAGACUAAAGCUAGCGAACUGAACGGACACCAUGUGGUUGGUCUUUCUGCUUUAAACGAGGACAGUGGCAUGGAGACAUCAACGUUAUCCUCUUCAACCAGGCUGCCUUCCCUGGCUGUGUCAACAGUUUGUACGGAAGAAGAGUCGUCUCAAAGCACAGUGACCACGGUACAGCCAGACAACAAGGAAACAGAAAUGCCUAUGGUAAUGCACCAAAACUUCCCAGCGUCUCAAGUGCCCAAUAACACCAGCUGCGCAAAGCGGUCAGGUGGCCCUGCUCCUGACAUACAACAGGCCCUCUCCGCUAGCGAGAGGCAGUGCGUAGACACCGUCGUCAACAUGGGGUACUCGCCUGAGAACGUCCUGAAAGCCAUGAAGAAGAAGGGACAGAACAUAGACCAGGUUUUGGAUUACCUGUUUGCACAUGGACAGCUUUGUGAGAAGGGCUUUGAUCCACUUCUUGUUGAAGCAGCUUUGGAAAUGCAUCAGUGUUCAGAGGAGAAGAUCACAGAACUUCUCCAACUAAUGAGUCAGUUUAAAGAAAUGGGCUUUGAACCAAAAGACAUUGAGGAGGUCUUAUUAUUACAUAACAAUGACCAAGACAAUGCUUUGGAAGAUCUAAUGGCCCGUGCAGGAGCCAGCUGAAAACACAUUCCUGGGAUCUCCCAUGCCAACUUCACAUCCAAUGUGACUUGCUCUCGGCAGGAAGGAGUCCAGCUUUUCACACACAUGGGAGAGUGACUGAGCAAGCCUACCUGCGUGCAUCACUCCAGCAUUUCUCUUUCCACUGGGAGACAACUUUCUUUCUUAAAUUUAAUUUUUAAAGUGUCCUUUCCUAAGUUUCCUUUUUUUCCAGCUUGGCCACGGAGAGUUUAAACUGCCCAGCCGCUACUGGAAUUGUACAUAGGCAGAGACCGGAGUGGUUCCUCCCACUGUUGCAGUGGAGUUGGAAUACGAAGUUGGUUCUGAAACCUAGGAUACUUUGGUUCUUUGAAGCUGCUUUCAUGGUGUCUGCUUGUACUGAAUUACUUGACUGUGUCACAGUCCAAAUUAACUGGUUAAAUUUGACCUUUAGUGCAAUGGAAUUUAAUUUUUUGGUUGAAAGUUAGCCUAUAACUUAGUAAAAACACUGGAUCAGAAACUGUCGCUAUGCAUAAAGAGAAGCUGUUCCUCUUGUGAUUUUUUUUAACCCAUGCAUCCAACACUUCUGCCAGACACGAGUGUCCAAUGCUGAGCGGUGGAGCUUGGAACA